CGAGGGCGCCCUCUGUGAUCCGUUAUUGUUCAAUCAUGGCGUCCUGGGUUACGGAUGUCUACUCAAUCGUUUCCUGUCUUUGUGUUCUGAUUUUGUCGGUGAGAUCAAACCAGUGGCACUACCCAUCGUGUGUGGUGGUAAACCCUAACACUGGUCCAUGUCUUAGUAUCUUCUUCCGUUACUUCAAUGGUUACCCAUCGGCUGUUGGGAAUGGGGAACUGGUCCACCAUGAGUGGGUGCAGUACCUGGACUCUGUGUACGAUUACAAUGAUGAGAGUGAAACCAGUUGUAGGAUAAGACAAAGAUCCAAGUUCAAUGCAGACUUUGUAAAUGUGACCUGGACACGAGAUGGUUUCUCCACCUGCACCCAGUCCAAUGUAGAGAGGUUCAACUCUUGGUGGGGCUUUGUCUGUGAGGGUCACUGUGUAGAUGACGACAACUGCCGACGAUACCCGACAUUCCUGGGCCAGCACCUCUGGAACAACUGCUCCUGGGAUGAGACAUUAGAUCGGCCCUCUUACGAUCUGAGACUGCCCUGAUUGCACAAUUACAAAGGGAGUGGGUUUUGAAAAGUGGACAGAAUGAGAGGGGAACACUUACACCAUUUUUAGGGGAAAAACCUGACCAGGUGAAUAAGGUAGCAUCACAAAAAUCAUAAUACUGCUGUUCCACUGAAACACUCUUGUCAUUGCCAAGGUUGGGUAUAAAGCUAUUGUCUUUUGAGAUGUCACACUGGUACUGAUCUAUCUUGUUACCUUUGACAUUGUAUAUCAAGUUGGGAGACCAAAUAAUGUUGAAGAGCUCAGCCACAAAUCCCCUUCUCUUUUUAAAUUUUCCUUGUACAUUGUAUAGUUUUUACAGCAAUUAGAAUUUUGUAAGCAGGGCAUCUCUUUCAUUCUGGGUAUUGAUUUGUAUAAAGGACAAGAUGGAACGUGUGCAACAAAGGCUUUGAAGGAACAUGGCCCAAGGCAUGUGGGACUGUAGGGUUAGGUAAUAAGCCAGUUUGCUGUUUCAAGGUCAAGCAAGGUCAUUAGGGGACAAAGCGUGUGUGCAUGAGUCUGCAUAGGCCUGUGCUGACAGAUAGGGCAGACCUCACACGCGCAUCUUAAUAACCUUGGGAGGGCUUCAUUUUGCAUAUACUCUGAACUGGCACAUUGAUAUAGCAUGCCAUUGCUUUUUUCACCAAAAAGGUUCGUGAUUCUAUGUGCAUCAUGGAAAAUUAAAAACCACGCUGACGGUGCAGAACUAAUACAUGUAUUUGAUUUCAGCUGACAAAAAUAUGAAGCAUUCAAACAAAAUGAUUUCCAUAAAAAAAGGAAGGCACAUUGCCUUCAGAAAAGUUUUGUUUUAGAGACAUUUAAAUAGAAAUGUGCUCUGAAAGUUUACCAAGAAAUAAAUACAAAAUUGAUAAGAUAUAUGCAACUUUUUAAAUACAUGUAUAUUGCAUGUGUUCAUCUAAUUGAAAAUCAGCAAUGGUGAUGUGUUCAGUUGGUUUGGGGCACAAACAUGUAAAUUGUGUGCUUAAGGAAAUACUAAUUUGGAAUAAAUUUGUUGAUGCAGUUGUAAUUAUGCAUUUAUCAGAAUCUAUUCAAUUGUUUUAUUAUUUUUAUAAAUAAUUUAUGUACAUAACCAUCAGAAGUAGACAUCUGUAUAUUCAGUUUCAGCUUAAUCUUUGAUGGUGUCAGUAGAGAAAAAAUGUUUCCAUCCUAUUAUAAUCCGUCCUGUGCCUAUUAAAAGCAGUUUUAAACUGUUAAAUUUCACUUA